UGGUUCAUAAGUGGUAAAGGCAAUCACUCAUUUUUUAAGACAUUUUGGGAAAACUAUAGAUUUUAAUACAUUCAUUCACAUCGCAGAAGAUGAAUUUAGGGCAUACAAAAUUGUGGAACAUUUUCUGUCACGGAGAUUUCUGUAUUGGGCUGUAGAAACUUGGAAGCCUUACAGAUAACGUUAGAGGUUGUCGAAACAGCAGAGAAGAAGAGCUGGCGGCGGUGGCGGUAGCAGAACGAGUUUAGUUGAGGUUGCGUUGCUUCAUUAAUCGACCUCAAGGUUUUCCUGUGAUUAUCUCCGUCGCCAAAUUCAUAUUUUGCAGUCGCCUUCAGACAUCCGUGACUACAUCAGUAUUUUAUUUUGCAUUUUAUUUGAUUGGUUCUGUUAUCUGGACCUUGGGGAGCUGCAUGAUAAUGGCUCAGAGUGGACUCUGUGGCAUCUCUGUAAAUAACACAUUUACCAGAUCAGGGAUCUGUCCACUUAAGACACGGAGGACAAGGGUGGUACCUUCUCACUUUGUCAGCCAUGCAUCUGCUACAUGCUCAUUGCUCUCAUUCAGGAAAAUGUACGAAGGAAAUGAAAAGCCCAUAUCACAAAUUAGGACUUAUUCCUCUCAAGAAUGGGAGCAUUCAUAUGUAAAUGUUUCUGCACCUUUCUCUGCAGGAGAACAUGGAAACUUGAGAACUUUUUUGCCAGUCACUUCAAAACGUAGCAGGAAAUUUGUAAGCCCAAGGGCGGAAAAAGAUGAAAAGCGUACAUAUGAAGGGUUCCCUCCAAUGCAGACGAAACCAAAAUGGUGGAUGAGACUUAUGGCAGUCUUUCCUUACAUGAUUUCUUUUCAUGUGUGCUGGGUGUUUGCAGAAACAACAUAUAAUAUGCACCCAUUCCUGGAGGAUUUUGAACCACUUACAUUUCCCUUCAUCAUUAAUGGUCUUGCCAGGCUGCCUGGCUGGUUCUUCACAGCAUAUUUUUUCACAGCAUACCUGGGGGUUGUAAGGAAUAAUAAAUUUCCUCAUUUCCUGAGAUUUCAUGUGGUAAACGGAAUGCUGUUAGAGAUCACUUUCUCAAUUCUUGGGCAAGUUAAUGAUUGGUUACCCAAAUCAUUUUAUUGGGGGAAGUUUGGACAGUUUUUUUGGUUUUUUGUUACCAUUUCAUUUCUCUUUACAGUCAUGCUCUGCAUUUCGUAUGCUCUGAGAGGCAUGUAUGCUGAUGUGCCAUUUCUAUCUAACGCUGCAUACAUGCAAAUGCCUUACUGAUUGACUUUAAGGAAGACUCAUGAGAUUACCCAUGGCAAGCAGUUCUGAUCAGAAGGAUAGUGGAAGACUGCAACUUUUACAUGUAAACAAUUGAAGGAUGGUUCUUGUCCUAGAAAGCUAAUACCAGACCGAUUUGGUUUUCUGAUUA